AUGUCCAAAGUGAAGUCCAAGUCCGCCCCUGCCGUUGGGCCUAAGGCCGGCGUCCUGUCGAAGGUUAAGGGUGCAGCUGUGGCGAAGCCUUCGCAAACCGUGAAGGCCAAGAGCAAAGUGAUCGCGAAGGAGGUCGCUGCCAAAGAGCAGAAGAAAGACAAGAAGAACAAAAAUGUCCCCGUCAAAGAACCAACUCCCGAACCAGAGUCGAGCUCUGAGGAGGAGAGUGAGGACUCGGCGAGCUCCGAGGAAGAAUCCGAGAGCGAAGAUGGAGCCAAGCCAAACCGCGCCAAUGGGGUGAAAAUUCAGGAGGAAGAUGAUUCUGAGGGAGAUUCGAGUGACGAAUCUGACUCUGACGCGUCGUCUGAAGACGAAGCGCCUAAAGUCAACGGUUCUGCUGCUAAAGCCAAGCCCGCUGCCGAUACUUCCGAAAGCGAGGAGGAAGAUGACGAGGAGAGCAGCGAAGAGGAGUCUGACGAAGAAGAGAAGCUCGCCGCUAAAGGGACUAAGAAGGGCGGUGCUGCUGUUAAGAAAGAAGAGGACGAAUCUGAGGAGAGCUCGGACGAGUCAGAAAGUGAAGAAGAGGCCGCAGCCCCCAAGGCGACAAAGACAACCAAGACAAAGGAUGUGAAACCUGCCGGCGCCAAAGCUGCUGCCGAGAGCAGUGAUGAAGACGCCGACGAUUCGGACGAAAGCAGCGACGAGUCUGAGGAAUCCGAGGAGAGCGCAGAUGAAGAGGUGGAGGCCAAACCUGCCAAACGUAAGGCCGAAGAUGUCGAGGCUCCUGCUGCAAAGAAGACAAAGGUCGAGGAAGACGGUUCAAGGGGCUCCAAUCUCUUUGUCGGUAACCUCUCCUGGAACGUUGACGAAGAAUGGUUGAAGUCGGAGUUCGAAGAGUUUGGUGAGCUCAGCGGUGUUCGUCUCAUCACUCAACGUGAGGAUGGCAGAUCUAAGGGGUAUGGAUAUGUGGAAUUCGUCAAUGCCGCCGACGCAGCCAAGGCUCAUGCUGCGAAGCAAGGCUAUGAGCUCGACGGCCGUGUCAUGAAUGUUGACUUUGCCAACAAGAAACCGGACGCUGGCGAGAAACAGGAGAAACGACGCCAGUCGUACGGAGACCAGCUCAGCGAGCCUUCCGACACACUGUUCUUGGGCAAUUUAUCUUUCGAGAUCACCGAAGAUGAUGUCUACAACAUCUUUGCGCCAUAUGGUACCCCCACCGGUGUCCGUAUCCCCACCGACAGGGAAACUGGCAAUGUUAAAGGAUAUGGCUACGUGACCUUCGCGACCUUGGACGAGGCCAAGAGUGCGCUCGAGGGUGCGCAGGGUUCUUACGUCAAGAACCGGCCAUUGCGCGUCGACUAUGCCCAACCUCGUCAACAGAACGUCGAUGCUCCAGCCCGCGGUGGCGGAUUCGGUGGAUUCGGUGGUCGUGGUGGCCGUGGAGGUCCUCGUGGUGGCCGUGGCGGCAGCAGAGAUUUUGGCGGCCGCGGAGGAAGAGGAGGCCGUGGUGGUCCUCGUGGAGGUGCUCGUGGUGGAAGAGGCGGCACUACCAAUCGAGGAGGCUUUGGUGACUUCUCUGGCAAGAAGACUACCUUUUAA